GGCCGCGGAUGCGGCGCCUCGCCCCGGCUGCCGACGGAGGAAGAAAAGUUUGGGGGCGACUUGGGGCGUCGGAGGCGCCGGAGGAGAAGGCGGAUGCGCGGUUUCCCCGGCUGAUCGGGAAGGAAGGAUGACCGAGGAGGAUGUGCACCAGCAGCCAGAUCAUCGGGAGCCUCCUGGUGCUCUCCGUGCUGGAGAUAGGGUUAGGGGUGUCCAGCGUGGCCGUGGGGGCGGUCAGUUUCAGCCUGGUCCUCACAGAGCAUAAACCGCAGCUGGGAGACUCUUCUCCGGUAUGGAGCGGGGUGUGUUUUCUGCUUUGCGGCAUAUGUGGAAUAUUGUGCGCCAAAAAAAAAUCUGGACUUGUUAUGAUACUUUUUUCUGCCUGUUGUAUUUGUGGACUAAUUGGAGGAAUCCUAAAUUUUCAAUUUCUUCGUGCUCUGACAAAGAAGUCCUCUGCUCUCUACUCUUUGCAUCUCGCCUCCAUGUCUCUUGCAUGCAUUGGAAUUGGUGGUUGCACCCUUUCUUCAUGGCUCACUUGUCGGCUAGCCAGCUAUGAACAAAGGCGAAUGUUCUCGGAAAGAGAGCAUUCACUGCAUCACUCCCAUGAAAUGGCAGAAAAAAGAUUGAGGGGUAUUGAAAUAACCGACCUGCCCAGCUGCCCGGUGGUUCCCCCGACACCAGAGUUACCUCCAAGGUACGCUGAACACUAGGGAGCUGCCAUGUUGUUAUGUCACUUCAGGAAGUGCCACCUCUAAAAGGAAAUCAUAGUUUCAGCUAAUCAAAGUUGGCUGAUGCUGUGAUGUCACUCCAAAUCAGGAAUGGUGCUUCCAGAUGCUGACAUAAUUCUACGUGGUGAAUGCUGCAGUUUGGAAGUAAGUUGAGUAUUUAAAAUAUUCACUCUAGUUACACACAUCCAAAUGCUCCUAUUUGGAUGUCACCACCAUUAAUUCAUUCUGCUUCAAAUCUGUG